AUGUCUGGUCGUGGGAAGCAAGGCGGAAAGGCUCGAGCAAAGGCUAAAACCCGCUCUUCUCGGGCUGGACUCCAGUUUCCAGUAGGUCGGGUUCACCGUCUGCUCCGUAGGGGAAACUACUCCGAACGAGUGGGCGCUGGCGCACCGGUCUACUUGGCAGCGGUGUUGGAGUAUUUGACUGCUGAGAUUCUAGAGCUAGCAGGCAACGCGGCCCGCGACAAUAAGAAGACACGCAUUAUCCCGCGCCAUCUGCAGCUGGCCAUCCGUAAUGAUGAGGAGCUCAACAAACUGCUGGGCCGAGUGACUAUCGCGCAGGGUGGCGUCCUGCCCAAUAUCCAGGCUGUGCUGCUGCCUAAGAAGACUGAGAGCCACCACAAGGCAAAGGGCAAGUGA